UUGGCCUUUCCAGCUGAUUUCUGGGCUCUUUUUUUUUCAGAAAAUUAAUUUGUGUUUUAAGCAGAAAAUGAAGUUCCAAAGCGUUGUUAAUAUGUGACAUCUUCAGAUGUUCAUCCGUAAUAAGUCACUGAUUUGAUUGCAUAUAUACAUAAAUAUAUUUUAAUAAUGUUGCCACUCGUUGAAGCUAUGGUCUAAUAUGUAUUUAUUGUUAUUUUAUUCACCUUUGCUGGCUUUUAGUCCUGCAGUUUUAAUGCGCAUCGCGAGGUGUCAGUAGAUAAGAAAAAGAGCCAAUAUUAGAGUUUAACGGGGAUGCUUUUCUCUCCGUGCCACUGCUGUCUCCGCCGCUCAACGAUGCGCUCCGUUUGCUUCUGCCAACGGAUGAUGAUUACGUUCACAUUUGGUGAAGUCUGACUUUCUUCUUUGUGGUAUAUUUGUUGAUUCCGUGCUGGAUUCGUGGAUCUGUUUUGUUUAACCAUGGAACAAAGACGAACCGGAGCAGAAAGGCUGACGGGAUUUUUUCUUCUGGGGUGUGUGAUCGCUGCGCUUUUGUUUCACGCUUCAGCCGCGCAGAUGCGGUAUUCAGUGCCCGAAGAGGUUCAGGAAGGAACUGUGGUCGGGGAUAUUGCAAAGGAUUUGGGAUUAGAUAAAAACACACUGAAGGAACGGAAGUACAGGAUUGUGUCCAGUGGCACGGAUCCUCUUUUCCUUGUUAAUCAGAAUGAUGGCGUUCUUUAUGUAAGCAGAACAAUCGACAGAGAGGAGUUGUGCGAGGAAAGCACGCCGUGCUUAUUAAACGUCAAAACCGUGUUAGAAAACCCGCUGGAGGUCCACUAUGUAGCUGUAGAGGUGCUGGAUAUUAAUGAUCAUUCUCCAAGUUUUCGAGAUCAAGAGCAAACGUUGGAGAUUUCUGAAUCGGCAUUGCCUGGAGUGCGCAUUCCGCUCCCACCGGCACGUGAUCCAGACGUGGGUCCGUUCUCUAUUCAGCAUUAUAAACUUAGCGUCAGUGAUCACUUUCGUUUGGAAGUAAAAGACAAAGGAGAGGAUGGGAAAGUACCGAUUUUAGUUGUGCAGAAAGCUUUGGACAGAGAAGCAGCCAGAAGUCACUCUUUGGUUCUGACAGCGGUGGAUGGAGGGAAACCUCUAAAAUCAGGAGACAUGAAUAUUAUAGUGAAUGUUCUUGACAUAAACGACAAUGCCCCUGUUUUCUCUAAGGAAGAUUAUUCAGUAAAGCUGGAUGAAAAUGCCCCUUUAGGCACAGUUGUGGUGCAGGUGAAUGCAACUGAUUCAGAUCAGGGUCAGAAUGGAGAUGUGGUCUACUCCUUUAGCAGUAUUGUUAAUCAAAAGUUACUGAAGCUGUUUGACAUUAAUCCAUCCACUGGCGAAAUAACUGUGAAAGGUAACAUUGACUUUGAAGCAAAGGAUAAAUAUGAAAUAGAGAUUCAAGCUUCAGAUAAAGGUGUUGCCCCUCUUUCAACACAAAAAAGUGUAAAUAUUAGAAUAACUGAUGUUAACGAUAAUGCACCUGAGAUUGAGGUGACUUCCUUUUCCAGCUCAGUACCUGAAGAUUCUCGACCAGGAUCUACCGUUGCUCUGAUUAGUGUGAGUGAUCUGGACUCUGGUCUUAAUGGAAAAGUUAUUUGUUCAAUCAAGGAGGAUGUUCCUUUUGUUUUAUCUCCAUCCUUACAAGAUAAAAUGUUUUCUUUAGUGACAAAAUCUCCUUUAGACAGAGAGAAACAGUCUCAUUAUGAUUUGACAAUAACUGCAAAAGAUGCAGGUCAGCCACCUUUAUCAUCUGAAAAGACAAUACGUGUUGUUGUGUCUGAUGUGAAUGACAACAGUCCAGAGUUUACACUGAGUCCAUAUACUUUCUAUAUCACUGAGGGCAACAACCCAGGGGCCUCAGUGUUUUCUGUGAAAGCCUCUGAUGGUGAUGAAGGAGAUAAUAAAGUCAUCUCUUAUCAUAUUGUCAGAGACAGAGACGAACAGAGUAAAUUAACUUCAUUUCUAAACAUUAAUUCGGAAACUGGAGACAUUGUGGCUCUGAAAAGUUUUGACUUUGAAACUUUGAAAACGUUCAAGUUCCAAGUUGUGGCCUCAGACUCUGGAAGUCCGUCCCUGAGCAGCAACGUGACAGUGAACAUGUUCAUUCUGGAUCAGAACGACAACGCUCCAGUCAUCCUGUAUCCAGUCAGCUCCAACGGUUCUGCUGAAGGUGUGGAGGAGGUUCCCCGCAACGUGAACGCAGGACACUUGGUGACUAAAGUCAGAGCCUAUGAUGCUGAUAUAGGAUAUAAUGGCUGGCUGCUGUUCUCGCUGCAGGAAGUGACUGACCACAGUCUGUUUGGUUUGGACCGCUACACAGGACAGAUCAGAACACUUCGCUCAUUCACAGAGACAGACGAGGCUGAGCAUAAACUGCUCAUCCUGGUCAAAGACAAUGGCAACGUUUCACUGUCAGCAACAGCUACUGUCAUUGUCAAAGUAGUGGAGCCCAAAGAGGCUUUUGCAGCUUCUGAUGUGAAGAGUUCAGCCAAAGAUGAUGAGGAGACUGAUGUGACUUUUUACCUGAUGAUCACUUUGGGCUCAGUGUCGGUUCUGUUCCUCAUCAGCAUCAUCGUGCUGAUUGCAAUGCAGUGCUCCAAGUCCACAGAAUAUACUUCGAAAUAUCUCCAAGAGGCUAAUUAUGAUGGGACACUGUGUCACAGCAUCCAGUACAGAUCUGGAGACAAACGCUACAUGUUAGUAGGACCCAGGAUGAGUGUAGGAUCUACUAUAGUACCUGGAAGUCACGCAAACACUCUGGUGCUGCCUGACAGGAGGAACACUUCUGAUGAGGUAAGGCAUGCUUUGCAAACGAAUAUAUUGCUUGGUUACAAAAUGAAGGUUGUAUUUAUUUAUUUAUUUAUUUAUUUAUUUAUUUAUUUAUUUAUUUAUUUAUUUAUUUAUGUUUUGCUUCUUCAUUUUAAACUUGUUGUAUAAUCGUAUUAGUUUCAAACCACAGAUUCCAACAAGUUGGAUUGUUUCUGUGAUUAAAGGAAGAAAAUUAAAGAACUAGCGUUUUCAUGGGUUUUUUACAAUAUUUGACACAUUGUGUUUGAUAGCAAGACAGAAUGCAUCUGUAUAGGGGCAGAAGUGGAACUGGGAUUUUACAGACAUUAUUAUUUAAAAAGCUGGACGAAUGUAGGUACUUAUGGUGUGUGGUCCAAAGCAACAGAGUCUGCAAGGAAGUUGGAAUUUAAUGACAACGUUUCUGGUGUGAUGUGUGAUAAAAGGGCAGGUAAAAAAGGAAAGGUGCCCAAGAACAGCCAUAUUGUAUGAUUUAGAGACACCCAUGAGGAGACAGAAAUGGAGGUUGGAGCACUCAAGAUGUUAAGGUUUACUUUGGAAAUGAAGAGGAUGGAUAUGAUCAGACUUAUCAGAGGGACAUCCCAUUAGAGGUGAAGUCAGAGAACUCAGAUUGAGAUGUCCAGACAUGUCCAGAGGAGAGAUGGUCAUUGAGUGAGACGAUGCUGCGGUUGGAGUCAGCAGGCAGUAAGCCGAGAGAACGUCCAAGAAGGAGAUUAAUGGAUGAAGUGAAAGAAGACAUGAAGUUAGUCAGUGUGAAGGGGAGAGGAUGUCGAUGAUUGAACUAAAUGGAGACUGAUGAGUUGCUGUGGUGACUCCUGAAGAGAAGGAUACUUUGGCAUGUUUUAGUGUAUUUUUUCUUCUCAAAAGUAAAGCUUUUUAAAAUAUUUUUAAAUUAUCAGUUUUAUGGGUCGAAAUGAAAACAUUUUAAACAGAAAGUGUGGAAGUAAAACAUCUAUAGACAAACGUUUCUGGAACAAACCAAGUCAGGAUCGCUGUCCAUGGUGCUGAUAUGUUGGUUUAAUAGUCACUAGUUACAAAAGCAAUAUUUCACCUCUCAGUUGUCUAUUUAGCUAAACAAAAUCUAUAAAACCAACUGUUGUGCAGUACAUGUUUAGUCGGUUUCAGACAAAUGUGCGCAAGUUAUUACUAUUUUUGAACAUUGUUUAAUGAAAAGAAAAUAUUUUGCAAUCAAACAUGUUUUCCACCUAAAUGAUAUUUUUGGUAGUCUUUGGAAUAUAAUGUGCUGUAUUUAGGUCACAUGGUGUCAGUAUAAAUGUACAAGCUACAUCAAAUACAGGCCAUUUACCAUUCACCAAUUAUUUUUCAUAAAAACAUGUGAACAUCUACAACAUGCUAGUUUUAAUUACACUUUAACCUAUAAUACCAAGUUGUUUCUAUCUUUUUAAAAUACAGGUUUUCUUUGAAUAAUUUAAAUUAUAUAAAACUUUCUGGCAGUGUUGUGUGAGAUUCAAAGUUUCAGCAAACUUCCACUCUGGCUUUUCUCUGUCAUGUUUGAACUUACUUUAUGAAAGAAGAUGUACAAAUGUUCUUGGCAAAUUAAGAUUUUGUUUGCUUACAAAGUAAAUAUUUUAUUUUUACAUUCUUGCUUCUUUUUCUUGUCACUUAAUUAUAUUUACAUAAAAGGAAGAACAUUUUACAACUACCUACUUCAAUUUAUUUUCUCCACAAUAUUUUGCAUGUUGUGUUUGGCAGGAAGGGAUAUUACAUGUGUGUAAAAGAGAGGGGCACGUGUAAAAAGGUGAUGCUAUUUGUGUGGAAGGUAGAGGACUUUAAGUAUGUAUGAUCCAAUGAAAUUAGGAGUGUGGAAAUUUAAAAGUGUUUACAAGCAGGUUGUGAUGUGUAGAGAGAAGUUUGAUGUUUGCUAAAGGGAUUUCAGCAAGUUUCCCAACAUUGUAUUGAGACAAUUCAUGUUGUUUAGUUUAGAGACAGUGUCCAUGAGGAAAAUACAAGAGGCAGAACUAGAAGUUGUGCUGCUUAAG